AUGUCCGCCGGAGAAGCGGCUCCGGCCGCCGCUGCUGCUGCUGCUCCGCGGCCGGCGCUUCUGGUGCACGGCGCGCUGUGGGGGCUGCCUUCCGCGUGCCCCUGCUGCAUCCGCGCGGAGGCUUACCUGUGCCUCGCGGCGUUUCCGCACGACUGUGUCGAGUGCCCCGCGCAGAUCACCUCCUGUACGCCCCCGCUCGCGCUGCUGCUUGCGCAAUUUCUCUUGCUUCUCCCCACACUCACUCCCCGCGCGCCUCUUCCCCUUUUCCCCGCCUCCUCCCACACGCGCGCUACCUCGUUUCCGCCGUUCAGAGGCGACCUCCCCGCGCUCGAAGAUUACCCCUCCGCGCCCACCCAUCCCCCCGCCGCACCCGACCACCCCUCAUCUUCCUCCGCCUCCGCACCGGACUCUUCCGCGGGCGCUCCCUCAUCUCCUCCUCCCGCUGAUCCCGCCGAUUCGCGAACCCCUGCGUCCGCCGAUACUGCCGCUUCCGCCGACACCCCCCCCGCGGGAUCUUCCGCCGCGCCCCGCGCGCGUCGCGCCUCUCCGCGCCCGGUGAUUGCGCUCUCCUCCGCCUCCGCCUCUGCCGUAGAGGACUACCUCCGCGCGCACCGCGGGGUGGACCUAGACGCCGCGCUUUCCCCCGUAGAGCGCGCCGAGCUGACUGCGCUGCGCGGACUGGUGGAAACCACCCUCUCCUCCGCCGCGCAGGCGGAACUAUGGGGGGAGGAGCGCAACCGCGCAGCUCUUCGGGAAAUGUUUGACGCCGCAGUGCCCUGGCCGCUCUCUCGCGCGCUUCUGUGGAGAGAAGCGCGGAACCAGGGAUGGGGGGAGGCGGAGCGGAAGGCGCAGCAGGGGGAGGGCGGUGGAGAUGGGCGGAGUAGUGGCCCGGGAGCGGCGCUGGCGCGCGCUGGCGUGCGGUCGAGGGAAGAGCUCUUUGCACGAGCAGCAGCGGCAUACUCGGCGCUCGCCAGUCGCCUGGGAGACGCACCUCUCUUCUUCGACCCCAGGCCAACAAGCCUAGACGCUGCCCUCUACGCACAUCUCAUCUUCGUCACACAGGCUCCUCUGGCGCAGUCGCAGCUGCAGCAGCUGGUGCUAUCCCACGCGCCGCUCCGUGCCUUCCUCUCAGCCAUGACCAACCGUCUCACUGCUGCCCGCGCUGCGCUGCAAGACGGCUCCGCUGUGCCGCCGCCUCUCUCACGGCCCUUUGCCCCGUCCAGAGGAGCAGCAGGCAGGAAGGAGUCUCGUUCAGCUCAAUCAUCCACCGAAAGCAGCAAGCCACGGUCCACAGCAUGGCUGUUCGUGCUCGCACAGGUGGCUGCUAUCCUUGGGUACAUUGUCGUUUCGUCUGUUUCGCUAGAACUAGGAGAGGAUGAGGAGGAGGAGGAGGUUGAGGAGGCGGAGAGGAGUGGGAGGAGGCACGGGGUUCCGGGGAGUGAGAGGGGAGGGUUGAGAGGGCAAGGGGACGAGAAGGAGGAUGGUGGUGCUGAAGGGGAGGAUGGGGAAGAGGAUGGCGAUAUGGAUGAUGACGAUGACGAUGAGUAG